AUGGAAGAACGCUCGACUUGUGAAUCUGGAGCCUGGGGCUCCUCUGAGGGCUGCCUGGCCCCCCGGGAGGCCAGGGGAGGCCCAUCGUUGUCCUCUGUGCUAAACGAGCUCCCCAGUACUGCUACCCUUCGGUACCGAGGCCCUGGGGUCCUGCCUUGGGGGGCACUGGAGGAGGAGGAGGAGAAUGGGCGGAGUAUCCAGGCUUUCGCAGAAGCUGCCCUAAAAGAGCUGCAGGAACCUCACCCUUUCCGGGAACUGCCCUGGCCCAUGCAGGCCAGACGGGCAUACAGGCAGAGCCAUGCCAGGGACCAAAUGGCCCACGGCUCCAGAUCUAGGGGGGCCCACUGGGCCCGGUGGCUUCGGCGGUCCAAGGAGAAGAUGAGGGAAGACUUGGGCAACCUGCAGCCCUGGGCAUGGACACUGAAGAGGAUUGGGGGCCAGUUUGGUGCUGGUACAGAGUCCUACUUCUCACUUCUGUGCUUCCUGCUGCUUCUCAAUGUGCUGGCCUCUGUGGUUAAUGUCUGCAUGAUGCUGCUGCCCACCUGGUUGGAAGGGGCUCCCCCAGGGCCUCCUGUCUCCAACUCUUCAUCACCCUGUGGCUCUUAUAAUCUCCACUCCCAGGGCCUGGUCACCUACCCCACCCAGAUCUUCAAUUUGCUCACGGGAAAGGGUUACCUAGAGUGGUCCCCUCUCUUCUUCGGGUUCUACCCACCUCGCACUCUCCUGGCGGUCACCUACCUGUGCUCAGUCUUUGUCACUGGCCUCAUCUGCCUCCUGCUCAUCCUGCCUCGCUCUGCGUCUGGGCUGAAGCAGACACUGUUGGCCGAAUCGGGGGCUCUGACCAGCUACAGCCACCGGGUGUUCUCAGCAUGGAACUUCGGCCUCUGUGGUGACGUCCAUGUGCGGCUGCGCCAGCGCAUCAUUUUAUAUGAGUUGCAGGUGGAGCUAGAGGAAGCAGUGGUGCGGGGCCGGGCUGCGGUGCGGACGGUGCGCCAGCAUGCCGCGGUGUGGUCGGUGCGGAUGCUGCUCAACUUGCUGGUGCUCGCACUCCUGGGGGCAGCCUUCUUUGGGGUCUACUGGGCUACAGGGCUCACCGUGGAGCUGCAGGAGAUGCCUGUUGUCCAGCAGACGCCACUGCUAAAGCUGGGGGUAGAUUACCUUCCGUCCAUCUUCAUCUUCGGGGUCAACUUCGUGCUGCCGCCCGUGUUCACACUCAUUGCCAGACUGGAGGGCUACACUCGGAGUCGACAGAUCGUUUUUAUCCUGCUGAGGACCGUGUUUCUCCGCCUCGCCUCCCUGAUGGUCCUGCUCUUUUCUCUCUGGAAUCAAAUCACUUGCGGGGGCAAUGCCGGGGCCCAGGAUUGCAAAACCUGUGGUUACAAUUACAAAGAACUUCCGUGCUGGGAGACUCGGGUGGGCCAGGAGAUGUACAAACUCAUGCUCUUCGAUCUGCUGACUGGCCUGGCAGUCACGCUGCUCAUCAAAUUUCCUCGGAAGCUGCUCUUUGGCCUCUGUCCUGGGGCGCUGGGUCGUCUGGCAGGGACACAGGAGUUCCAGGUGCCCGACGAGGUGCUGGGACUUAUCUACGCGCAGACGGUGGUCUGGGUGGGGAGUUUUUUCUGCCCUUUACUGCCCCUGCUAAACACGGCCAAGUUCUUGCUGCUUUUCUACCUGAAGAAGUUUACCCUGUUCUCCACUUGUUCCCCCGCCUCCCGCACCUUCCGAGCCUCCACAGUGAAUUUCUUUUUCCUCUUGGUCCUUCUCCUGGGUCUGGCCAUCUCUGCUGUUCCUGUGCUUUAUAGCAUCUUCCUGAUCCCGCCUUCUAAAUUGUGCGGUCCAUUCCGGGGGCAGUCAUCCAUCUGGGCCCUGAUUCCUGAGUCUAUUUCCAGCCUCCCUGAGACCACCCAGAACUUUCUCUCCUUUCUGGGGACCCAGGCUUUUGCUGUGCCCCUUCUACUGUUCUCCAGUAUCUUGAUGGUGUAUACCAUGGCCCUGGCUCACUCCUAUGGACGCCUCAUCUCUGAGCUCAAACACCAGAUAGAGACGGAGGUGCAGAAUAAAGUCUUUUUGGCACAGCGUGCUGUGGCGCUGAGCUCGGCCAACGGGGCUGUUUGACCUCUCCAGCCUGAUUCAAGAUCACGUCCCGCUUUCAGACCUAAGACCUGCCCCCGAACCUUUGGAAGCCUUGUCAUCUAUAAAAUGGGAGAAUGGGAGAAGACUCCACGCCCUCCCAGACUUGGAAUUCGGAGAUUUCCAGCCCCCCCCCCCCCAAGU